AUGGACGAAUUUCGGAUCACUGUUGAGCAUCGUAUGACUUGUACAACAAUAUCUCGGCUACCGUUCAUUUGUGAUCUUCACCACCAAUUGUCCUAUGCAAAUCUUGCUGGUAUAGAAUUAGCAUAUGAAAGAUACAAGCCUUAUUUCUACCAAAACAACAGAACAACAUUGGCUGUUCUAAUAGUUCGUCAACUGGAAGCUCCCACCUCAGCCGCUUCCGUCUACGAAGAGCAGUCCUACGCUUGUCUGUUCGAAAACGAAUGUAAUCGUGUCGAUUCGGAAGUGGUGUUGGGAUUCGUAAACAAUGUGAAAAUUUUUAUUAAGGUAUACGCGUGGAAAGUCUACGAACGUUGGUUCGCCCUGGACGACUCAUGCACGAGGCCAAAUGUGCUCGCACUAAUGGUGCUAGAUGGCCUCAUAAAUGAUGCCCGUAAAAUUCCAUAUGUACGGAUACAUACUGGUGAACCUCGAUUGCGAUUUGCGCUCGGGAAUAUAGCCAGUGAAGCGAACAAUGCACUGGUGCAAGGAUGGCCUCUACAAAAAGCCAUAGAGGACAUGGUCGACGACAUUGGUCAUGCGUUAAGGGAAUUACACGAGCUAAAAGGAGAACCCAGGGAUCACUCAGUUCCAAGAUGGGCUCGGCAUGCAUUUCUCAUUUGUUUUGCACUGGUCAUCCUAGCGUUAAUGGUGGAAUGGUACAUUGUACGUCGAAAACUUGGAGUCCAGAAAAGUGGCCAGAUAAAAAUCUCUGCCGGGAAAAGCAAAACGCAUUUAAUGUUCUAUCAGUCAGCAGCAGCAGCAGCAGCGAUCACAUACGACUGCGACUGCGAAUUGGAUACGCCUUUUUUUGCGAGCUUCGCAGCGCAAUGCGCACGUCGGCGGCCCGUGGACUUUGAGAUGUUAUAUUUACUCUUAUUAUUACUCCCUUGGGUAACUAGCGAGGUGGCAAAUUACGGGACCAUCCCAAAAGGACUCAAUCCAACGCUUUAUGCUUCAGACGAUUUAGUUCUUCAACUUGAUGAUAACUCCUUUAAUGAUACAGUUUUUUGCGUUGGAAAAAACUGCUCCUCGUAUUUAGUUGAGUUCUAUUCGGAUUGGUGUGGACAUUGCCGAUCAUUCGCUCCACUCUACAAGGCUUUGGCCAACGAUGUCCGGGGUUGGCAGGAUGUCGUAAAAAUUGCUGCUAUAAAUUGUGCGGAUUCCGUCAAUCAUAUGACUUGUCAACAAAAUGGAGUGCAAUUUUUUCCACUCAUUAAGUACUUUCCUCGUAAUUCCACUGAUGCGUUUUCGGGAUCAAAAUUGAGACCGUAUCAAUCGAUGGCCGAGAUGAGAGAUCAGCUGACAAAAGUUGUUAUGGAUGACUACGCUGUGAAUCGAUUUAGUGACUGGCCUAUGUUCGACUACUUAGGAGACGUGGUAAAUUAUGGGGAACUUUGGGAAGGAGCACCGGCAAGCACUCAACACAUGGCAAUUGUUUUCGAAAACCAUCAGGCAAGCCUUACCGGAGCACAGCUCCUUCUGGAUUUGCAUCGGCAUCGAAAUCGCCUCCUUGUUCGUCGCUGCCUUCGCAAUCAUCCUUUAGCAGAUGCUCUUCAUCUCACUGAUUUCCCAUCUCUUGCAAUCUUUAAACGUGGAGAGAAGAAACCAAUUCUUGUUGCUGAGCUACGACGACUUCUUCUAACUGAAUUGGAGAACUUCCUUAGUAAUGAAAGCGAUCCUUCUCGACAGGUGGUUCAGUUUCAUAGCCGCAAAAACAAGACCAAUCCAUGCGACUCCGAUCCGGAAAAAUGUCGUGCUCUAUUCUUCGCUUCUGAAGUUGACAUGCUCAAGGCUAUGCGAUACGCAUUAUUCCGAGAAACAUCCAGAACGAAUGCGCCGCUCACCGGUUCCAAUCUUACAGCAUUACAUGCAUUCGUUAAUCUUCUUGCUGAUCAUUUCCCGGUCUCCACAACAUAUGGAAACAAUACUGUUCUGGACCGUUCGACACGUGCUGUCAAAGUGUUUGCACGGCUUCGAGAUUUCCUCGAGAAUCGUGGACUGGACAGCACGAUUUCACCUGAGGAAUGGCAACGAGAAUUCAUAGCGGCUGAGGAAGCUGCUGGAAAUCCCUUCGCAGUGAACUCAGAUUGGGAACAUUGUCGCGGUUCUAGUGGACAGUAUCGAGGAUAUACUUGUGGAUUAUGGGUUACUUUCCAUGCUUUGACGGUUUCUGCAUAUAAACAGGCUGAGGAACACUUGGAUGACUUUAAACCUCUCACUCCACUGCAAGCAAUCCGUGCUUGGGUUGUUUCAUUUUUCGGAUGCAUGCAUUGUCGCGAACAUUUCCUGAAAAUGACCACCGGCACAUUCCCUAUGGAAGUACAAGUGAAAACACCCGAAGAUGUGUUCAUGUACCUGUGGCGAGCACAUAACAUUGUGAAUGCUCGUCUACAAGGUCGUGACACUGAGGAUCCACAAUUCCCGAAAUUGCAAUUCCCAGCACAUUUCUUGUGCCCGAACUGCACCGCCAACGGUUCUCCGGUGGACACGGAAACGCGAGAUUUCCUUCUCGAUUACUAUUCACAAAUUAAACCAUUUCAACCACCAAAGUUUCUUCUAAAGUAG